AUGGCAGGAAGAACUAGAGCAAAUGGAUCCAAUGACAACAACAACAGUGACGUUAUGAAUUUUGUUCGGGCAAUUACUAAUGAACUAAGAAACCAACCCAAGCGUGAAAACAACAAAGGAGAAUUAAUAGUGAAAUUUCAAAAAAUCAGGCCCCAAGCAUUUUCCGGAGAACCCAAUCCCUACGUGGCUGAGGCAUGGAUAAGGCAAGUGAAAAAAAUAUUGGAGACACUAGAGAUUCAGAACGAGCAGGACCAAAUGUCCCUUGCUUCAUUUCUUUUUGACGGGGAGGCCGAUUUCUGGUGGACAAUGAUUAAGGAAAGCCGUCAGGUGGCAGACCUCUCUUGGAGACAAUUCGAGGAAUUAUUUAUGGAAAAGUACUUCCCAAACUCAGUAAGGCAGGAGAUGAUCCAAGAAUUUCUCCAACUGAAACAAAGAGGCAUGACUGUGACACAGUAUGCCAAUCGAUUUGAGGCCCUUUCUCGCCAUGCCAAGCUAUAG